CUCCUCAUGGCCCUCAACCUGUUUACUCGCCUGUUCAGGCUACCUGCCACGGCGCGCCCCAACUUCUCGGCCCUCAGCACCACUCUUCGCACACCGAUCGCCCCUUCACCACGCGCCUUCAGCACGUCGUCACCAUUUUCGGCUACAUACAACCAAGUCAUGCGCGGCUGCCGUGUCGCCCAGAGAGCACGCAAACCUACCUCGCCGCAAUUGAAGGAUAGACCUGAGAUGAAGGGUGUGUGCGUGCGUGUGGGUAUCACCAAGCCCAAGAAGCCCAACUCUGGAGAGCGCAAGGUUGCAAGAGUCAGAUUAAGUAACGGUAGAGUCGUUACCGCUUAUAUCCCUGGUGAAGCAUUGGAGAUGCAGGAGAUCAUGGCUAACGUGAGCAUCCGCNNAGGUCACAAUGUCCAGCAACAUUCUGUUGUCUUGGUCCGUGGUGGUCGUUCGCAGGAUUGUCCUGGUGUCAAGUACCAUCUUGUCAGAGGUGCUUUGGAUCUGGGUGGUGUUGGUAACAGAAUCACCUCGCGAUCAAAGUAUGGCACCAAGAAGCCCAAGGCUGCCUAA